AUGAAGGCGCCUCUGCGCAGAUCACCGAGGAAUCAUCCAGGGUCAUUACUCGCCACCGACUCUGGAGUGCGACGAAAGAAAACUGUCAACAAAAAGUCGGAUACGCGAUCCUCCCGAUCCUCAGCAUCAAGACAGUCGGAACGCGCCAGCGCCCCAGCACCUGAGCAAACAGUGUUGGCAGAGCCCUCAACCGCGCACUCAGAGCAGCCCCCGCGCAUCCAAACUACCAUCGAAGUCCCUACUGUAUCUGUCGCGACUGCGACGAAGAAGCGUCGGGCUCCCGCAGUCGACCUCGAGCUAUCCCACCUGGAUCUCAUCACGCCGCCGGUCUUCAAGCGCAUCUGCUUAACUCAUGGAGAAUACCGCGCACCGCUCGAGGAUGGAAUGCACUACAAUGACGUCUCACGUACUGCACUCGACAUCCGCCAUCUGGCAGGCCAAGUUUCUGCGCGCAACCUACACCAACUCCACCAAGACGUCGCCCGCCUCACCGAGCAAAACGAGCACCCGGUCAUUCAGAAAGGCAAAGACCGGCAAGCGAACGACGAUCACGAUCAGCAUAUACUGCUCCAAGAGAAGCUCGACCGCGCUAGCCUCCACAACCAGAUACUCGUGUUGCAAGCCGAGAAGCAGCAACUAGAAGAAGAGGCUCGUCACGCCAAUGAGCAGCUUCGAGCUGAGAAGAACGAGUUAGAGCUGAGCAGGAAUGCUGUGAUGGCGGAACUGGAGAGUACGAGAGAAAGACUGGAGACUGCCAACCGCGACCAGAGCACCCAAAAUGCGAACCUGCUGAAAGCCCUUCAAGUGGAGACGGAAGCACGAGUUCGAGCUGAGGCAGAACGCAAUGCUGCUCUGGUCGAAGCGAGCCAACAGACUCCGCAGUCGGAAAAUGCACCAGCAGAGCCUGAGCAGAACGGUCAGGUCGUAGAACAAGCUGUCGAAAACCAGCAGCUUCAAGCCGCCCUGCAAGAGACUCAGGCAAAUCAAGAAGAGAGUAGCAAUACCGAUGAGGAGAAGUUGAAGAUGGAGGCGCAUAGUUUCCUGCACAAGGCAAUGCAUGAACGCUGGCGGGGCGAGACCAUUCCGCCUAAAGUCACUCCACGAGGUCAGAUCACUCCACCACCAGUCCGGCCAGAAGAACCAGAACUCAGCGACAACGACCUCGACUGGAUCCGGACGGCUCCAACCCUGUACCUGCAUAUGUUAGCAGGCAGAAAGCGUCGAAAGGAACUUAAAGCGGCUCAAGACGCUGCUCGAAAUGACAGUGCCAGCGAGGGAGACGGAAUCGUCUCUGAAUACAUGCAGAAGUGGGUGGCCGACAGGGAGGAAUGUCAUCAGGAAUACACAACCGCUCAAGAAAACUUCGAGGAGGGACGGCAUGACGAACUUCCUCUUGGGAAGCCGGUCCAUGAUUUCAGAGAAGAGAACUGGGUUGGCUUCUCGAAAGCACCUGAUGGGAGGAUCAGACGACAUGCAGUUUACGCAGUGCAAAUGGAGUACGAGAACACGAGCGUGCACAUUCUGCCCUUCCCUGGAGACCAGUACGUGACCAGACGCAGAAAGUGGGCAUACGCAAGAGCCUGCCUCACGGCACAAUUUCCCGAGCUGCAAGCAGAAGCAGCGAAGGAGUUCCUCUCCGAAGAAGAGUUCGCUAAGUUCAUGGAGCGGUCAUUUGGCCCAGACUGGCACAAUGUCGACAUUUCGGGCGGAGGCAUCGAUGCAGAAGCAUGGCAGUCAGCACUCAAGGAUCUGCGUAGGAGCAAGCGCUUCAUGACGGCUUGUCGAUUGUGGGCGGCGGGAGAGCGAGCACUCAACCAGGAUCGUUGUUGGCCACCCACGUUCUUGAGCAUGGAGAAGACGCAGGCUUGCACACACUUCAACGACGAGGAGGAGAGGACGAGAAUGAUGAUGAGCUGCCUGCCUGGUAAAUCACGAGUGGUCAGGGAGCAGGAGGAGAGGGUUCUCAAGACCGAGGAGAGGGUUCUCAAGACCGAGGAGAGGGUUCUCAAGACCGAGGAGAGGGUUCUCAAGACCAAGAAGAGAUGCAGUGAGGCUGGCUUGAAGGCGAGUCAGGGCGAUGAGAAGCUCGGGACACAAUGCUCAUCACAGAAAGAACGGAAAACAAAACAAAAACAAAACAAACAAAAAAAAGAGGGAAAGAAGCACACCAAGGAUGGAAACAGAACAAAGCCAACACCACAGGGAUGGAGGGUAUCUUCAGGCCGGAUCUCAGGAUCUGGAGCUCAUCGAUACCCACCACAGCAGCGAACGAAAAGGGCCGGGUCUUAG